GAACCAGAGAUUCAGCUCUGUGCAAUUUUCCCAUCAUCCUCCGCUUCUUUGAUCCCUGCCUGGUCUGGAGUUGAUCUAGCAUAGCAAAGGACACUCGGUUUUGAACGUUCUUGCUCCCUCUCCAUCUUGCAUCUCUCACUGUCUUUUGUUAUUUGUCUGCGACUCUGACCGAUAACGAGCAACUUCCCCGUGAACGAACGUGAAAAGAUCAACAUCAGCAACCAUGGCUAAGGGAACCGGCUCAUUCGCAACAUUCCUCAUUCUCUGCCCUACUGCCUUCUUCCUCGGGCUUAUCUUCGCAUCCUUCCCCUACGACUAUCCCGUAUUAUGGACGUCCUUGCCCACUCCCGACUCAUACUAUGACAUGCUCGAAGCACAUCUCCGCUUCGUACAUGCUUCUCCGCCCAUUAUUCCGCGCAUUCUGCACAUUGUCAUUGCCGUCGGUCUGCUCGGGUUCAUCGCCAAGCUCUACAGGCCUUCUGAAGCUAACCUCCUGUUUGACGGCGCAUCGCUCGUGCUCUACAUGGUGGCUUUGGUCGUGUAUAUUACCAAUAUCGUCAAAGGUCUGCGCAUCGUCACCGACGGCACCUAUGGCCAAGCGGACCUCCCGACGGGGAGCGAUCCAACAGCGGCGACCGCGACCGAUGGCGAUAUAAUCGGUCGCGAAGACAGCCUUCGUGUCAUUGCUGCGAGCAACACCAUCAUGGCCCUUGUCCUGGUCGGUGUCUUGGUUCUGCAGGCUGGCCAGUGGUACGCUUUGCGCAAGGAGGGCGAGGAGAUUGAGCAGAUCAAUGCGGCUGAGAGGGAGCACGCCAAGAAUGGAAGCAAGACUUCUGCUUCGACCAAGAAAAAGCAGUAAAUUCUCUCGCUUUUCAUGGCCGGAAAGUAGCGGACGAAGGAGCAAAAAAAUGGGGAGAAGAAAUGUGAAAGGUCGCCGCCGGAAGGCGCCUUUGAACAAGGAUUGAAUGACUAUAGCUUUGUCUAUGACAUGGAACUGGUUCAGACUUUUAGACUCCUGUCUGAGUCGGCCAUUCUUGACAUGUUGGGAUUGCGUAUUGCCUUCUAUGUAAUAUAUUGGAACAGCACAGAUUACAUCACUCAAUCAUGGUACAUGUGAUUUUAUAUCCAGGUCUGCCAAACCAGAUCGUGUUUCAUUAACGAUGUUGCGAAAAGCCAGGCGGUCUAGAUAAGCCUUUGGAGUGUGAUCUUGCAGUUGUAUUAAAUGAAAUCCAUGGGUAG